UGACUUCAAGUGCACCUUCCCGUCCCAUUAAUACAAUCAAGAAUCUCCGUUCUCAAUCUCGUGCGUUCAAGGAUCAGUGGAAAAGGCAAACAUUGAUUAUUCAUUACAAAUGUCAGUGAUAGUCAGGGUGGUGCUUCCAAUUCCACGUUGACUUUUAACCACAUGAAGAAUUGAAUGUCAGGACAACGGUUUGACAAAGGAUGAGAGGGAGCUUUGAAUAGAUGAAUAAUUUCACCAAGUGAUUCGUCUGCUCCAUACCCCACAAUUAACCUUGCUCAAAGAAGUGACCACGCAAUAACUUAGCCGUCAAUCGUGCAUUUACAUUGUACCUGUCUCGGCAAUAUUCUAACCACAUACAGCAUUCAUUGUAUUGAGGGUUAGUCCUACUAUUGCGUUUCGGUUCUCUCCACUACGUUCCUUUUGUUGUGUCGUCUUGAACCUUAUCUAGUUCCACUUUGUCGAUAGACGGUGGUUCCCUCAGAGCCAUCCCAAGCGACCAUAGUUACGCGGGAUUGUUGGUGGUGUUCGUGAAGUCGAAUGUGUUUAUAAUUCAUGACAACAAUCGUCAGAUCUGUUGUAACUAGCAGUACUGAGUGAGAGUUCUGUGCAAGCGAUGUGCUGACUGGCUGUUGGAACGGUGGGUCCGUAGUCAUAGAGGCCAAACGGAGCACGCCCGAAGAGCAUUUCACUCUUGCAGUGAAGUACGUUCCCAAUCAAAGUAGAAACUGGCAUUAAAGUGUUCACUAUCAACACCAUGGUCCCUAAUCACGGAAAUAAGAGGAUGUCAAGAUGUUUGGAUUCAUUCUAUGAUCUGUCAUUUUGAAUUGCUUUUAUCACCCUCUGAAGUUGGCGAAACUUGUCCAUCUGGCCAUGAUCGUACUUUGACCUUUUGGGAAAACCUUCUCUGGGAUAGAGGGAACGAUCUCAUUUGGUUUCUGUGCGUCUAAAGUGAGGCAUUAAGGUAUUUCGGUGGUCUCGUCAGUCCGUGUCUUUUCCUCAAUCGUCGAAGAAGAUUCUUCUUAGUUUAUGGCUAUGUUGUAACGAAACAAGAAAGGCGUGAAGAAGAAGGUGAACAAGAAUAUCGGGUCGUCAUUUUUAAAAGACCCCUGUUUCUCUUUCCCACCCAUGGCCAAGGAGCCUUUCGUUAGUGCCGUGCUUGGCUAGCGGAAAAUUUGAAGUUUGCAAAGGCUGUUGCCGAUUACCAGUACUGCCUACCUACUACUCCACGUACUACUACCACCACGUACGUCACACACCUCGUUUCAUGAGGAUUCGCCGGCCUGUCAUUACCCCUUUGUCAUUUCCGACGAUUUCUCAUUGAGCUUUGGUUGCUUGCCAGAACUGGCCAUGAAAUACUGUUUUGCAUAGUUCAGACAAAGUUUGGCUCGUGCUUUCCUCGUUUUGACGAACACACAGGCGAACGAAGGUGGCACCGAACCCAAACAGGCUAGCCGUCGCUAAGCACUCGCUCACUCACUUAGUCCGUUAGUUAGUUCGUCGCGUAUGUUUUGUCCGUUCCUUCACAAAUAAGUGAAACAAGAGCAUGCAGUGAAGAAAGACUUGGGCGCGGACGAAAUAAUUCGAGAGCAAUAAUACCUUGGGAGUUGGGACGUGAAUGUGAAUGUGCAGGGAGUGGACACCAAACUCAAACCCACGUGCUUUAUGAAGCUUAAUAAUGCUGAGAAAGGAGCCUGCUCAAUACGGUCCGUGCAUGUGAGAGCUAAACACCCGAACCAGUGUUAGUCAUGUUUUGGUUCAUGGAAAACUGAUACAUGACACGAAAAGCUGAAGACUAUCACCAUCGGCCUCCGUCGAGCUCUUGUUUGUUUCAAGAUGGCGAAUCUCGGGUACUUGACCCUGUUCCUCUUGGCAGUGGCGAUCUACUUCCUGUGGAUGGAUGUCGCUUUAUAUAUCAACCUGCAAAAAGUGCCCCCGACCUCGCCCACGGUCCAGCCUCUCCAAACAAACAUCAGUGAUUACACUUAUACACCCUUUUACCCAAUCACCGUGAAGCUUCUGUUCCAAGGACCCACCAUUCAUUACAUAGAUACUCCACUUGGGUUUUGGACCGUGGAGUACACCAAUAUAGCGCAAUGGAUCUCGGCCAACGGUGUGUCCAUCGUGGGCGUCUUCUUUGCCGCCUGUGCUGCCAAAAUGUUUUUAUCCGACUCACUCAAGGUGCGCCAAUUAGGCGUGCUCAUGUUCAAAAUCCGGGAUUUUAUGGAUAGCUUAGACGGGACUGUGGCCAGGGCUCGUCGUUCGCAAGUGGCCUUACUCGUGGAACCUGGAACCUUUGGCUACUACUUCGACGGAAUCUGUGAUGCUAUUGGUGAUACCAUGAUUUUCUUGGCAAUCAUAACUUAUUGCAACCGCAAUUAUUCGAUUGGAGCCAAACACGGAAAUAGACUCUCCUAUCUGCGUCUGGAUGCCACGAGCAUAUCCAACGCCUUGCCAACGAUAAACAAACCCUCUUGUCGGAGCUACUUCAGUUUCUGUCGCAAGAACCAACCCGCCAUCACCCUAUUCAUCUGCAUUGCGUGCCAGGCAUUGCUCAGCUCCAUGCUUUGGAACUUCUCACUGAUUAAGUAUCACAAUCUAUUAGAGACCGACCUGUACGCCAAAAACUCAAGUGGUAUCUUGGCCCAAAACACGACCUUGAAAUCGCCGGCCAUGUGGAUGAUCGUGUACUUUUGGCGCAUCUUGAACCCACAUAGUAUCACGCAACUGAUCCUCAUCGCCAUACUUUACGACAAGGCGUUUGAGUACCUCACCACUAUUCAGUACCUAGGCUACAUUCCAAUUCUUGCCAUUGGUUUUGCCUCACAAUUGUACGCUAGGUAUGCUCUCUCAUCGAUUCUAACGAUGAGUUGAUUCUAAUAAAGACAACUAUCUAAAUGUGAUCUUAGCCGAGCCAAUAGUGAAAUAAAUUCCCCUUCGACUUUCA